UUCCCAAGGAGGUGGCCUCGCUCUCCCGGCGGGCGCUCGAACUGCUCACACGCCCACUGCAGUCAUGUUCGUCCCCUGCGGGGAGUCGGUCCCCGACCUAACGAACUUCACACUCCUGAUGCCAGCAGUAUCCGUUGGAAAUGUUGGCCAGCUUGCAAUAGAUCUGAUUAUUUCUACACUGAACAUGUGUAAGAUUGGUUAUUUCUAUACUGAUUGCCUGGUGCCAAUGGUUGGAAACAAUCCAUAUGCAACUGAAGAAGAAAAUUCAAAUGAACUCAGUAUAAAUACUGAAGCUGUCCUGCAUAUCCACCUCCAGACACACUCUGCCUAUGGUGGUCCUCAGACACUAUCUGUUCAGGAGUAUAAAUCCAAGUCAUUCUGUGAAAAACUGCUGGCCUGGGUAGAAAGUAGCGGCUGUGCCAGGAUCAUUGUUCUCUCAAGCAGCCAUUCAUAUCACCGCAAUGAUGCCCAGCUGCGCAGUACUCCCUUCCGGUAUCUGCUUACACCUUGUUUACAAAAGAGUGUUCAAAAUAAAAUAAAGAGCCUAAAUUGGCUAGAAAUGGAAAAGAGUCGGUGCAUCCCUGAGAUGAGUGAUUCUGAGUUUUGUAUUCGCAUUCCUGGAGGUGGAAUCACAAAAACACUCUAUGACGAAAGCUGUUCUAAAGAAAUCCAAAUGGCAGUUCUGCUGAAAUUUGUUUCAGAAGGGGACAAUAUCCCAGAUGCAGUCAGCCUUGUGGAGUACCUUAAUGAAUGGCUUCAGAUAAUCAGACCAUGUAGCGACGGCCCCACGGCGUCUGCCCUGCCUUGGAAGAUCCCCAGCUCUUGGCGGCUGCUCUUUGGCAGUGGGCUUCCUCCCGCGCUGUUUUGAUCUGUUUUCAGUUUCUCCCUCAUCCUGCAGAGAUCACAAAACCGGCUGUGGGGUGUGUGCUGUACAGAAUGUGUGCUGCCCAGGAUGUGUUAGGAGUGAUAUAGUAAAACCUCGAAGAAGAGAGGUUGUAGAGGUGGUUAUGUUUGUUAUAUACAAUAAAUGUAAAUUCUGUACAAUAAACUUUAUUACCUAAA